AACGAGGUCCCUGGCUUUUGGCACUCGCGAAAUUGCCAAAGGAAAAUAAUGAAACUUCAAAACCGAAAUGGAAAGUAAUCUGUACGCCAUUAAAGGCCUCAGGCCAGCUCUCUGUACGCUGUACUUGGUCACAAUGGCAAGUCUGUUUCUCAGUUCAUUACUUCUUUAUAUAGUUCUUCUUCAUUAGAACAAGAAAAGAACGACGCAAGACCCGUGAUCUUUUCACUCCAAUCACGCAUUGGAAAAAAGGGUACAGUUCAAGAAAACAAUCCUUCUCUGUAUCUACAUUCCCUCAUUUUAUCAGGUGUAUGUAAUAGGGAUAUAUCUGCACCUAGAAAACAUGGCUCAGGGGAGGUAUUCCCAACUUGACGGGAGGAAGUCUUCAGCUUACUGUUCGACCAUCCCUAUCGUGAUGUUCAUUGCAUUUUGUUUUGUUGGGAUUUGGACUUUAAUGUCAUCCAUUGUUCCAGUUCAAAAUUCGGACUUGAUUUAUCAGGAGGCCGUAAAUCCAAUGGCGACUGAAAAUGGUUAUAGGCAAUUUAAGGACAGUUCUGGUACUUUUUCAGAGGAUUCUACAAAUGGAGAUGGCAAUACCAGAAAUGACCAAGACAUAGUUGAAAUGGAGUCUGGGAAUAUUCCCAAGAAUAAUCAGCACAAAUUGGUUACAAUCCCUGACAGUGAGCAGACAGAUUCAGAGGAGGGACUGGAUGAGAAUGAAUCAGAUUGGGUUGAGGGUGAAAAGAAGCUGAAGACAGUGCAGAGUCAAGAUGGAAUAAAGCAGGAAGAUAAAGUGCUUAGUGAGACUGUCGGGGAAAUGAUUGAUAAAAAUCAUGAUAAGCAUUUGGAAAAGAAUGCUUCUGAGAAUAGUAUUGAAAUGGAGGAAAAAGAUCGGGGUUCAGAGCUUCUCCAUGCUGGUUCUCGGUCGGAACUUUUGAAUGAUACUGCCCCUCAAAAUGGGGUUUGGUCGACUCAAGCAAUAGAGGCAAAGAAUGAGAAGGAAUCACAACAAUCUUCAAUAACUACGGACCUCAGCGGCUAUGUUUGGAAACUUUGUAAUGCAACCACUGGGCCUGACUACAUCCCUUGCCUUGACAAUUGGCAAGCUAUUAGAAAGCUUCCAAGUACAAGCCACUAUGAACAUCGAGAAAGGCACUGUCCUGAUGAAGCUCCAACAUGUCUUGUUCCUCUCCCUGAAGGAUAUAGACGGCCGAUUAAGUGGCCUGAAAGCAGGGAUCAAAUAUGGUAUCGCAAUGUUCCCCACAAAGAGCUUGCAGACUUUAAGAGGGGCCAAAACUGGGUUAAAGUUACUGGUGAAUACCUCACUUUUCCUGGCGGUGGAACUCAGUUCAAACAUGGUGCUCUUCAUUACAUUGAUUUGAUCCAAAAAUCUCUUCCUGCAAUUGCAUGGGGGAAAAGAAGCCAUGUGAUAUUGGAUGUUGGGUGUGGAGUAGCGAGUUUUGGAGGUUAUCUAUUCAAAAGAGAUGUUCUUGCAAUGUCAUUUGCUCCCAAAGAUGAGCACAAAGCUCAAGUACAACUUGCACUUGAACGAGGAAUCCCUGCUAUAUUGUCAGUUAUGGGCACAAAAAGACUUCCCUUCCCUAGUGUCGUAUUUGAUCUUGUUCACUGUUCACGCUGUAGGGUCCCUUGGCACAUUGAAGGCGGUAAACUUCUCUUGGAACUGAAUCGUGUCUUGAGACCUGGUGGUUAUUUUGUCUGGUCUGCUACUCCGGUGUAUCAGAAGAAUCCCGAAGAUUCUGGCAUUUGGAAAGCAAUGUCUAAGCUAUCAAAGUCAAUGUGCUGGGAUCUGGUGGUGAUUGGAAAGGACAAAUUAAAUGGUGUCAGUGUGGCAAUAUACAGAAAACCCACUUCCAAUGAGUGCUAUGACAAAAGACUGCAAAAUGAGCCUCCCCUUUGCAAAGAAUCUGAUGAUCCAGAUGCAGCCUGGAAUGUAGCAAUGCAAGCGUGCAUGCACAAAGUGCCAGUCAAUGCAUCAGAGCGGGGGUCUCGUUGGCCUGAGCAAUGGCCUCGAAGGUUGGAGAAACCACCUUACUGGUUGCAUUCUCAGGUUGGAGUCCAUGGCAAGGGUACUCCUGAGGAUUUCACUGCUGACUACAAUCACUGGAAAACUGUUGUCUCCCAAUCAUAUUUGAAAGGGAUGGGAAUCAACUGGUCUUCUGUGAGAAAUGUUAUGGACAUGAGAGCUGUAUAUGGAGGGUUUGCUGCGGCACUGAAGGAUUUGGAAGUGUGGGUUAUGAAUGUAGUCCCGAUCGAUUCUCCAGACACUCUCCCAAUAAUAUAUGAGCGUGGUCUAUUCGGAAUAUAUCAUGACUGGUGCGAAUCAUUUAACACCUACCCGAGAUCUUACGAUCUUCUCCAUGCAGAUCAUCUUUUCUCAAGUCUUAAAAAGAGGUGCAACUUAACGGCAGUGAUUGCAGAGGUUGACAGGAUCCUUAGGCCAGUAGGAAAGGUGAUUGUACGGGACAAUGAUGAAACCAUAGGUGAAGUCGAGAACAUGGCUAAAUCUUUACAGUGGGAGAUCCUAUUUAGUUAUUCAAAAGACAAUGAGGGGUUGCUGUGUGUUCAGAAGACAUGGUGGCGUCCCACAGAGAUGGAUACAAUUAUGUCAGCUGUUGCUUAAGCAUGGUGCUUCAAUUAGUCAUGAACUGACUGUCUGAGUUGCUGUGCUGUUAAUAUUACUGGUCUCCAUUUUUGAAAUAAAAAAAUGUAAAUUAUAUAUAGUUCUCUCAGCCAAAGUUCUCAACAGAAGAAACACUUCCUUCCUCUUUUUAAUCAUGAAAGCGUGUGCAGAUAAUAAUGGUGUAUGUAAUUGUGGACCAUUGUCCGACAGCAACACUUUUUGAGUUUUGAGGAAGAAAAUAGCAAAUCCUAUCUUCUUUU